GAUGAAGUGAUGAAGGAGACGGUCCUGCAGCACCCUGGGGCCAAUGUCCUCACUGACUUCGCCACCUUCCCAUCCUCAGCCUUCCUCAAGGCCAAAGAGGAGAAGAAGGAAGACACCGUGUACGUUGGCAAAGUGACCUUCCCCUGCCAGCCUGGGCAUGGCCAAGUGCACAAGCUCGUCCUGACGCCGGAGCAGCUGUGUGAGCUGCACGGCCGCCUCAUCUCCUAAGGGACCCCCCGCCCCCCACAGAGACUGAUGUUCCUUGCACAGCCCCUCUCCCCAACCCGUUGCUGAGUCUCUUCUCCAAGCCCCUUCUUGGCAGGGACUUGCUAGCCUGUGCGUGCAGCAGACCCCAGCAGAGCGCCCCCGCCUGGAGCACCAGGUUCCAGCUAACGAAACAACUCACCCUUCUGCCCCGCCGAGGGGGACCUUGGCAUAGCUGUGUGUGCAUGUGUGUUCGCUCCUGCCUGCAUCUCCGGCUGCCUUUCCUCCUCCCUGCUCUCCUGGUGCAUCCGAGAGCUGCCUUUCCCCUGGGGGGGGGGGGACUGAGGUGUCAGGGGCCGGGCCUGAUUGUAUACAUUACACUCACCAGUGAAAACUCUUCCAACACCCACCCAGCAGCUCCUUGUCCGAACGGCACCCGACCUGGCCCAGGAGCUCACGGCUCCUGAUCCGCUCAGCCCCUGGCAAACCCCCCGGGGCGGGCUCUGCCCGCUCAGCCCCUGGCAAACCCCCCGGGGCGGGCUCUGCCCGCUCAGCCCCUGGCAAACUCCCCGGGGCGGGCUCUGCCUGCUCAGCCCCUGGCAAACCCCCCGGGGCAGGCUCUGUAGGGAGCACCACCGUUCUCCAGGCGGGGUUGGAGUGGCAGGGAGCCAGGGGCUUGGCCCUGCACUGAGGCUGGGAGCGGCAUUGGAACCCCGCCCAGCUCAGACUAACUGAUCAACAAGAGAAACCCAGCCAGAGAUGCCCCCGUUCUGCCCUGCUCGGUGCUGAGGGGUUUGGGCUGCUGGCCAGGCGGUCGGGCUGUGCGUCUAGCUCCUGUCACUGGAUGAAGGGGUCAUGCCAGAGGGGAAAGGGAGCCCCUGGGGCUCCCGCUCUGAACACUACAGAUACCCGCAGUGGGGUGAGUUCAAAGCCCGUCCCACCAGCUGCUGCUGUCACUCCCCCCAGGUGCUGUGGUUGUCACAUCAGUGCAGGGGGCCGGGAGCUGAGUUCCCCCUGGCUAGUGGGUGAGUGCGCGGAGGAGCUUUGGGUCUGUUGGUACGAGCGCAUGCUGCUGCACCAUCCCCUCCUGUAACCAGUUCUUCGCACUCUAGGGCUCUGGAAAUGAAUAAAGCUACAACUGUUAAA